AUGGAGUCGUUAUUGUACGUUGCAGAAAACCCUCGGUUCUAUAGGACAAAGAGAAUAGUUCAAAUUGAAAAUGGGCAAAGCACUAGGCCAAUUUCUAGAACAGAAGCUCAGGCUGCAUUAUUAGAGUAUUUGCAUGUUACUAGAAACUUACGGUUUACGGAUGCUGAGAAUAUGAGCAAAAAUGCACCUCGUUUUCUUGAAAAGUUAUUAGCAAAGGUUGACAUUGAUGCAGAUAUUGGGCACUCAAUUACCCGUUUCUUGCGUUUUCACCCUAUUAAUGAAUUUGAGCCACUCUUUGAGAGUUUGGGUCUAAAACCUCAUGAGUAUAAUCCUCUGCUUCCACGUGAUCUGAUGUUUUUAUGUGAUGAUGAUUUGCUGUUAGAGAACUAUCAUGUUUUGUGUAAUUAUGGGAUUGCAAGAACUAAGAUAGGAAAGAUUUAUAAGGAAGCAACAGAUCUUUUUCGGUAUGAUUAUGGGGUCUUGGUGCUGAAACUAAAAGCUUACGAGGAAUUGGGACUUAGCCAGUCUUUUAUGAUUAAGUUGGUUGCUUGCAGCCCUUAUCUUUUGAUUGGAGAAGUGAAUGUGGAUUUUAUCAAGGUAUUAGAGAUAUUGAGAAAACUGGGAGUUGAGAUCAGUAGGAUUGAGGAGGAUUUGUCAGAGAACAGUUCUUAUGACUGGAGCAAGUUGCUUGCACUGCUCAACUUAUUUAGGUAUGCAGGUUACAAUGAAGAACAGCUAGGUGGACUGGUAAGCCAGAAUUUGGGGAUUUUCUUUGGGGAUUCGGUGGAUAGGAUAUAUUUGUUAAUUGGCUUCCUCGUCAAAUUUGGAUCCACUAUGAAUCAGAUAUGUUCCAUGUUUUUACAGUUUCCGCAAAUGCAAUUUGAGAAAUUUGUUUCAAAUUUAAGGCAUUGCUUUCUGUUCUUGAAUGAGAUCGAGAUGGAGGUACAUGAGAUUGGGAAUAUUUUCUCUUCUCAUACGCCAAUGCUGGGUUCAUGUAGAUUGAAGAAAUCCAGCACAUUGCGUUCUGAAUUAAAUGCUGCAAAUAAGCGAUUGUGUGAAGUCAUCCAAGAGAACCCACAAGUUUUGAAGAAAUGGGGGAUGGGAUCUAAAGUUGAACCAUUGCCAAACUCGAUACUAAAGUCACAGAUGCUGAAGACCAAGUUCUUGUUGGACUUGGGAAUUGUAGAUAACUCAAAUAAAAUGGAAAGAGCAGUUAAUGUUUUCCGGGGAAGUGGAGCAAAGUUCCAAGAGAGGUUUGAUUGUAUUGUGGAAGCUGGUUUGAGCAGAGAAGAUGUUUGUGAAAUGAUAAAAUCAUCCCCUCAAAUUCUUAACCAGUCGAAGGAUGUUCUUGAAACGAAGAUUGAUUUUCUUGUAAAUAAAAUGGGUUUUCCUGUAUCAUCUUUGGUCAAUUUCCCGUUUUGUCUAAAAUACACAACGCAGAGAGUAGAGCUUAGGUUGGCAAUGUAUAAUUGGCUUAAAGAUCAACAGAAAGCUGAUCCCAUGCUAUCCUUGAGCACUAUCAUUGUUUACUCAGAUAAGGUUUUCAUUCGAGAAUAUGUAAACCGUCAUCCUAGAGGCCCUGAAAUUUGGCAGGAUUUGAAGAAAGCAAUUUAUGCAGAAUCAAGAGCCUUUUGCUGGACAUAG